CUCGGCUUAGUAUUUCUCUUUUCACCGAGACUCUCUAAGUUCUUCUCCUCUCUAUUUGUAAAAAGAUGGGUGACAACGUGGUGCCGGAAUUAAGUAAUUUGGAUUUAAACAAGCAGAAGGCAUGUUAAUAUUCUUUUAAUUGCAUUCGUGUGUAUUAAAGCCAGUAACACACUUAAGUUAUGUUAAAAGUACUGCCGUUUGUUAGUGCGUUUAGAAGCAGUAGCAAAAAAACCUUGCACAAUAUUCGAACUUUGUCGGUAGCCAAAAAUCGACAGCAGUUCUUGCAGCCACAACAACAACAAGACAUUCACAGCAGUCGGUGCUACGCAACUUUGGCUGCUAAAAUGAAGAAGGAAAAGAAAGAAAAACCAGCCGCAGGCGGUGGAGAUGGUCGCAAAGAGCUGAAUCCCUUGCCGGCAUAUAUUGAGGAGCGUAAUGUGCUGUGGGAGAAGUGCAAGGCGGAAUAUUUGGCCGAGUUGGCUGCCAAGCCGCGUGCAGCCAUCAAAGUGACUUUGCCGGAUGGCAAACAGGUGGACGCCACCUCAUGGGAGACUACUCCCUACGAUGUGGCAUCCGGCAUUAGCAAGGGUCUGGCUGAUAACACCAUCAUUUCCAAGGUGAAUGGAGAGGUUUGGGAUCUAGAUCGUGUGUUGGAAGGCGACUGUAGCCUGCAAUUGCUCAAGUUUGAUGAUCCAGAGGCACAGGCCGUAUUCUGGCACAGUUCUGCCCACAUCAUGGGCGAGGCCAUGGAGCGCAUCUAUGGCGGUCACUUGUGCUAUGGUCCGCCAAUUGAAAAUGGUUUCUACUACGACAUGCACUUGGAUGGCGAUGGUAUCUCGACAACUGAAUACGGCACCAUGGAGGCAUUAGUUAAGCAGAUUGUCAAGGAGAAGCAAAACUUUGAGCGUCUGGAGAUGAAGAAAUCUGAUCUGCUGGAGAUGUUUAAAUACAAUGAGUUCAAGUUGCGCAUCCUCAACGAGAAGGUGACCACAGAUCGCACCACAGUCUACAAGUGCGGAUCAUUGAUUGAUUUAUGCCGUGGACCCCAUGUGCGUCACACGGGCAAGGUGAAAGCACUGAAGAUCACAAAGAACUCGUCGACCUAUUGGGAAGGCAAGGCGGAUGCAGAGACUCUACAGCGUGUUUAUGGCAUCUCCUUUCCGGAUCCAAAGCAACUCAAGGAAUGGGAGAAACUGCAGGAGGAGGCUGCCAAGCGGGAUCAUCGCAAGAUUGGACGUGAACAGGAACUGUUCUUCUUCCACGAGCUGUCGCCUGGAUCUUGCUUCUUUCAGCCGCGUGGUGCACAUAUCUACAACACUUUGAUGAACCUGAUUAGGGGAGAAUACAGGAAGCGUGGCUUCCAGGAGGUCAUUUCUCCGAACAUAUACAAUGCCAAACUGUGGAUGACUUCCGGCCACUGGGAGCACUAUGCCGAUAAUAUGUUCUGCUUUGAGGCGGAGAAGGAGAAGUUUGCGCUCAAGCCUAUGAAUUGUCCUGGUCACUGCCUCAUCUUUGACAAUCGCAAUCGAUCGUGGCGCGAGCUGCCUCUCCGCAUGGCCGACUUUGGUGUGCUGCAUCGGAAUGAACUCUCCGGCGCAUUGACUGGCUUGACACGCGUGCGACGCUUCCAACAGGAUGAUGCGCACAUCUUCUGUGCACCUGAGCAAAUCAAGAGCGAAAUGAAGGGAUGCCUGGACUUUUUGCGUCACGUUUAUACCGUCUUUGGCUUCUCCUUCCAACUGGUGCUGUCCACGCGGCCUGAGAAGUACUUGGGAGAGCUGGAACAGUGGAACACCGCUGAAACGGCCCUGGCUGAAUCACUGAAUGAGUUUGGUAUGCCAUGGAAAGAGAAUCCCGGCGAUGGUGCUUUCUAUGGACCUAAAAUUGAUAUUACCAUUAUGGAUGCACUGAAGCGUCCAUUCCAAUGCGCUACCAUUCAGCUAGACUUCCAGCUGCCCAUUCGCUUUAAUCUCAACUACAUUGCCGACGACGGCGAGAAGAAGCGUCCAGUUAUAAUUCAUCGAGCCAUUCUUGGCUCUGUGGAGCGCAUGAUUGCCAUUCUCACGGAGAACUAUGCUGGCAAAUGGCCAUUCUGGCUGUCGCCACGUCAAGUCAUGGUCGUGCCAGUUGGUCCUGCCUACGACGAGUAUGCAAAGUCUGUGCGAGAUCAGCUAUAUGCGGCUGGCUUUAUGAGUGAAGUCGACUGCGAUGCUGGCGAUACGAUGAACAAGAAGAUACGCAAUGCUCAGUUGGCACAGUUCAACUUUAUUUUGGUCGUCGGUGAUAAGGAGCGCUCUUCGACCACUGUGAAUGUGCGCACUCGUGAUAACAAGGUGCAUGGUGAGGUAUCCGUCGCGGAGCUUAUCACCAAGCUGCAAAAGAUUCGCGAUGAGUUUAUCACAAACGAGGAUAGCUUCUAAGUCACCCUCAAAAUAUGUACUCUAUUUAUAUAUUCAAAAGUUAGCAUUGCAAAGCAAAUGACCGGCAUUUUUUCAGUUGUAUUUACGCUUUAACAUUUAUGAAAUUCCUCAAAUAAAUUAUGCCCCAUCGAGGGUCAACAAAUAA